CUUUACAUUCAUCAGAGUCUAUGGUUAAAAUGCAACAGAGAGCAGAGAAGAAACAGAUGAAAACAAGAUGAUAGCAGUUGCAAAUACACGAAACUAUUUGAGGCAUCAGUUCAAGCUUCAUUCACCUAAACGCUUCGAAGCAUUACUCACAUCCAUAGCUCGGUGCAUCAUGCAGUGCUUCUUACUUGUCUUCUUCCACCAGCUCCGAGAUGGACAGUAGGGAAAGCAACAGUAAAGGAAGACCAACCUCAAAAGCUUGAGCCUAUCUUUAGCAUGUCAAUCAUCAAAGUGCCAUUUUUAUACUCUUUAAUGUCACCUUAGCAGGAUCUAACCGGACAAGGUAGAAUCUUAUCUUUGAUCAACCUGCAGAUCUACAACAAUCUAACAGACAACUCAAAACAAACAUUAAAAUAGGACACCUAUGCAUCAUCGAUGUUCAGUGACCAAAACUAUAUGAUGGUCAAGAUCAAUCCAGUAUCCUUUCUUAUCAUAGUUCAACAAGUACCAUUUUAGAGUUCAAUGUCCUCAGAUGCAGCAACACAUGAUGUUUCAAAGAAGGAACAACAACCAUCUCAAACUCUGGGUCGUAAGAAUUCGUCUCCCAAAGUACUGGCAACAAGAAAACAGCAUCAACAGCAAGAACCUUUUCUCCUCCUUUCUCCCUCGUGCUCUUGGCAAGAGCUUCAUCAGAGUAUGUAACAGCUAGCCUUGGAUCUACCACCGGAUCCUUAAUUUGUCAGACAACUUGGAGACACAUACUGAGCCACCCAUGCGGAUGAAGAUUUAUAUUAGACUUCAGUUGUAAUCAUGUGUAAUAAAGAAAAGAGACCUGUCGGCAGAAAUCCUACAUCUCUUUCAUCACAAACCAAGACUCACAUUGCCAUCACAUGGACCACGGUUUGCCAUGGUUCUUGCUGUCUCCCUUUCUGCUCUGUAUUUGUUGUGAUCUAUAUAUAAGGAAGUAGAGCAGAAGGACCAGAACCAAGUCCCUCACCCUCCUCUUCCGAUCCUUCAUAGAAUUCGAGAAGUGGUUAGCAGAGAAGAAGGCAACAAUGGCCAGUUCUACCACAACAGAGAAGACCUUCCAUGUUCGUUCAGUGAGUUUGCCUUCCCGAACUCAUCCAACUACGUUCAGGGUCGAAGAAGAGCUGCACAAACUGAAGCCUUUUGUAGAAUCAUCACUUGCAUCUAUGCCCUCCAUCACAAACGAGGUGAUCUGCAAUGGAUUGAAAGAUCUUGCUGCUCUGUAUGAUGGCAUCGAAGAUCUUCUUCACCAACCAAACAUCCAGCAAGGCCUACGCCGCUCCAACCAAACAAAAGCUUUGGAGGAGGAUGUGGAUGGAUCAAUGAGGUUGUUGGACCUCUGUGGCACCAUGAAGGAUGCAGUCGUUACAUCAAAAGAGCAUGCGCAAGAUCUUCAGCUUGCGCUUCGAAGAAGAGGUGACAGUUCUACCGGAGAAAAAGUGCACGCCUACAUUUGCUCAAGAAAGGAGACACAGAAGACCAUCAAGAAGUGCUAUAAAGAUUUGAAGCAGAUGGAUGCCAAAUGUCAGUGUGUCUCUCUUACCUCUGAAGAUUCAGAUCUCCCAGUGAUCUCAAGGCUACUGAAUGAAGCAAGAAUGAUCACCAGAUCUCUCCUUUGCUCAAUCUUGCAAUCAUUGGUAAUGCCAAAAACCAAAGCAACCUGGUGGCCUUUUGCCUCCAAGGCUAUGCGAGUGGCAUCCAAGAAGGGCUUACUUGGAAUAUGGCAUGCAGAUGCCUCCUCCCUAUGUGCAGCUCUUCAAGAUGCUGAUGCUGAGAAGACAAUGAUGGGCCAAAAUCAGUUGAAGGCACUUGAGAUCAGUCUUGGAGAUCUUGAGAAUGGUUUGGAACACUUGUUUCGGAGACUGAUCCAGAACAGGGUGUCACUCCUUAACAUUCUCAGCCUCUAGAUGUUCAUCAAACGCUCUGUGCCUGACCCCCAUCAUUGGCAUCCGCAUUUUAAAGGAUAAGCUGAUGAAUUCCAAUUUUGCAUGCACCAGAGAUGUAAAAUUGUAUAGAAUAGAUGUUUCAUGAAAUGGAAGUCAUUCAUCAAGGUGCUCA